AUGCCCAAGCUAGAGAGCGAGGUUUUCACAAUCAGUGGCUCGGACAUGGGGCAGGUGGUCAGCGACGCAGACGGCUCCCGAAGUGUCAACAGAAGCACGGGGGUCUACGAGCGAUACGUACAGCCAUGUUUGGCCGAGUUUUUUGGGUCCACGCUGUUCAUCUUUGUGGGCUGCGCAUGUGUAGUGGCCAACAAGGGGCCCGGGGCCAUCCAGCCGGCCGUUGCACAUGGGUUGGCCCUGGCGGUGGUCAUCGUGCUCUUUGGACAGAUCAGAAUAUACGUCAAAAAAACAGCAUCAAAAGACAUGGUGGUGGAGCCUCCAUCACUGAAAUUCUUUGACACGUUGUUUUCAAGUGGCGGACACUUCAACCCAGCAGUCACCCUGUGCGUUCAUCUUUGCGGGGGGAUGUCUUUGCCUCUAGUUUUGCCGUACAUUCUUUCUCAGCUGUUGGGAGGAAUCACCGGGGCUGGUUUGGUUAAAGUCAUGUUCUCUGCUGUGGAGUACCAGGCCGGUGUUGGGGGAGCCUUCACCCCAGAUCCCAUGGCAAAUGACUUGGGUAAAAUAACGCUGGCAGAACUUGUAAUGACAAUGUUCCUCACUACCACGGUUACUAUGGGAGCAGUAAACAAGAAGACAAGCUCCCAGCUGGCUCCCUUCUGCAUUGGGCUCACUGUCACUGCCAACAUAUUAGCAGGAGGAGGGCUGUCUGGGGCUUGUAUGAACCCGGCCCGGGCGUUUGGACCGGCUGUCCUAGCCAACCGUUGGGACUAUCACUGGAUCUACUGGGUGGGCCCCAUGUGCGGAGCACUGAGCACAGUCAUCUACGUCAGGUUGUUUCUUGGAGAUCAAAAGACUCGUCUUAUUCUGAGGAAGUGA